AUGUUGUCCUUCUUCGGCUGGGGCUCCAGCUCCAAAUUCGAACCCAAUGCCCCGAGCCCUCAAGAAACCACUGCCUCAAAUCAAAGCCAAUCCCCAUCAUCGCCAGCCUCCUCCACAUCCGCGCCGUCCCAACCAUCAACACAAUCAGCCCAACAAACAACACCCAAAGACUACACCGGCUUGAAGCUCUUCAUCGGCGGCAUCGCCUUCUCCACAUUCUCGGUGUUUAUCACCCGCAGGGCAAGCAUUCGGAAACGCAUCGCAUGCAUCCCACCCUUCUACACAAGCUCGCUCUUCCACCAACCGAACGCGAACGGAGCGAUGGAGGCGUUCGAGGCACUCAACCUUGCGACGAUCAAUGUGCUGUCAUUUGGAAUGUUAACUAUUGGCGCAAGCAUGUACGCAUUGGACGUUAAUGGGAUUGAAGAUAUGCGGAAGAUUAUGAGGGGUGGACUUGAGGGUGCCGCUCAGGGGAAGUCGGAUGAGGAGCUUGAGAACGACGUUCAAGAGUGGGUAGCUAGUGUGCUUGGAAAUCGAUUCGAGAAGCAGUUGGAGAAGGAGCGGGCGAAGAAGAGGGAUGCUCCGAACGAUAAGGAGACUUGA